AUGCUCGCACCAGUUCCCGUGGGAGGCGAAACCCCCAUUCUGCUGCCUAACGAGCUGCUACUGCAAAAGUUCUCGUCAAAGUCGUCCGGAUACCGCCAAUCGAUCAUCCGGCUGCACCAACAGCGUCAGUUGGAGCAGGACAAGCUCAGGCAGGAGAAGGAGCGCCAACGGGAGGAAAAACGGCAGCGAGAACGACACCAACAGGCCAAAAAGAACCCCGGGGGAUCCGAACGCGACCGGUUUGUCGCCUCGCUGAAAAAGGGACUCAAAAAAUGGGCGUCCGAAUCAGUGCCAGAUGCCUCAGGAGCAAGAGAAAUGUCGCUCAGAACAGACACCCCUAGACCAACAACCGCCGGAACCCACCGAGCCUCCAACACCACAACCCCAACUUCCAGCACCAUCCGACCAAUAACUUCUGAUGCUCCUGCCUCCUCCCUAGCAACACACACAAUCACACAAGCAGCUCCACGGUUCAACCUGUCGCUGCUCAAAAACUUACUGCCCACUUAUGCGCCUCCCGAAGCCGCGGUCAGCUAUCUCACCAACGACACCGAGACGGGAUCGGUUUGGAUCACCACUGAACGGCUCAUUUUUGUACCCCAAAAGGCCGGCCACAAGGGCUUCUACGUGCAUAUCGACAACCUCGACUGUAUGAAGGUGGUGUGCAUGGCCGUCUGUGACGUGGAUUACGACUACUGGAGCCACCCGCAACUGUCCAAGAAGCCUUAUUUCUUUGUCGCGUACGAAGGCACCAACUUUCUCACCGUGCCCUUCUCCACCCACGCACGAGCCUCCUCCUUCCUGAAACUGCUGUCAAACAUCAGAUUCGAACACAUGGUAAAGAGCUGUUUGCCUCCUCCUUACAUGUCCUGUGUCGUGUGCUCGAGCGAGUGCAACAUGGAUGCUGAGGCUGACUCUUCUGGAGGAUCUAGUUCGGAGUCGAGCUCCUGCAGAUCGUCCAUUUCCGAGUCCGACCUCGAGCGAAUCGACUCCACAUCGACUACAGCCACCUCGACAAUUUCCUCGACGCCCUGUCUGUGUCACGACGACUGGGUCCAUGAGGACAAUGUGCUCCCGACGUAUCAGGACAGCGAGCAUGCUCUGAAGCUUUACCUUAUCAAGAGAGGUCUAUUGCAGCCCGAAGAGCAUUUUGAGCGAGGUACGCAUGCGCAGGCCAGCAACAUUCUUGCCCAGGCGAACGCUCCUCCUUCGAAUGAGAUGGAUGCGGCGACUGAGCGGGAUGUCCAGAGGAGAGUUGGGCCUCCGGUUCACGCGGUAGGGGAUGUGAGUUAUCCGUUGGUGUGGUUCUAA